UAAAGUCAGUUUUUGGAACUUGAACCAGCAACAACAAUGAGCCCUGCUCGAUCUAUUUAUAAGUGAUUUGCAGCUCAGCUGUCAUUGGCUUAUGGGAUGUGUACAUGUGUUAACACUCUAAUUUCUCUAAGCCCACCCUAAAGCCAUCCAUCCAUCUCUUGAGGUGUGCUUUGACGAGCUCUCUUUCAAUAGUCAGUAGCCUUAACCAAAAUGAAGAUUUUCACUUGGAUGCAAAAUAAGUUCAGUGGGAGACAUGGGAUCAAAAAACCAAGCUUCACAACAGAUCAAAUGCUACAAGAGCCUCAAAAAGAAGAACUCGGCGACUAUCAUCAUGGAUUGCUAGCAAUUGGGACAUUUGGGGAACACAAUUUGAAAGAUGAUCAAGUGAGGAGAAAUCUUGAAGGGAAUUUAUCUUCCUCCGAAGAUCAUCUACAAGAUCUUACACUUGAAGAAUUGGGAAAACUUCAGAAGGAUUUGAACUUGUUAUUGCAUGAACAGGUUGAGUCAACUUGCUCUAAAGAAUCGGAAGCAAUUAAUCUUCAAUUGCUGGAUAGAGAGUCAAGCUUGGAAGCUGGUCUAAAAGUAGAUGUAAACUCAUAUUUGGAUGAGUCAAAGAGCAAAGAUAGUAGUCUCCAGCGUAGCACCAGCAUAAUUCUGAAAAGAGGAAAAGAUAUUGGUUCGGAUAAUAUUAAGGGUGCCAUUGGCAAAAAAUCAUUGUCUUUUCUUCUUAAGAAAAUAUUUGUUUGCAGAAGUGGAUUCUCACCUGCUCCAAGUUUAAGAGAUCAACUCCCAGAAUUAAGAAUGGAGAAGAUUUUGAGGGCAAUGCUUCACAAGAAGAUAUAUCCCCAAAGUUCUAGCAAAGCACUGUCUAUGAAGAAAUACUUGGAGAAUAGACAUAUGCCAAAGUCAGCCGCCGAGGAUGAAUUGAAUGAUAAGUCCAACAAUGGAAGUAAAUGGCUCAACACAGAUUCUGAAUAUAUUGUUCUAGAGAUAUAAAUUUACUCUACUUUGGUCAGCAGUGAAGACCGAAGAAUGAUUGUUAAGAUGUUUCACCAGUAGGAGCUCAUGAUCAAGAUGUGUCAAUAUUGCCAAAGUGAUGAUUUCAAGAAUGACCCAAGUGAUCUAAAAGGUUUAUAUCUACAUGUGAAUGCAAUCACACAUAAUGGCAUCUUAUGUUGCAAGAAAUUUAGGUCUCGGAAGGAAGUCAGUAAUGCGGCAACAUUUCUCAUCUGUGGUAUUUUGGCAAAUUAUGCUAUCUAUGUUUUCUAUUGAAAAAGGAAUAAAAUAAGGAAAAUGACUGAAACA